AUGAGUGACAUGCCAUCCUCAGACCCUGUAUCACAGGAAAUGAUACAUCCAACUGCCUUGGAACCCAUCAAGAAUAAAGAGAUGAAUGCACCAAAGGUUGGAGUAGGAGUAUCUCCUCCACCAACACCUCCCUCCAAAGAUGACGAGGAUAUCAAGAAAGGAGCCCAACCAUCAAGUCAAGAUUUUAAUCCUUUGACAGCCGAUACCGAUUCAGUGCAUAAUGAUUCCCACGCGAAGAGUGUUGAAUCAGUGGAACCAGGUGCAUCCACCCAUGAGCCGAAACCACUUGUUCUACAGCAUGACGACAAGGUUGAAUCAACAAAAGCAACGUCUUCUAGUACUCCUCAAGAGGAGCCUACUAGUGAACAAGACAAGCCUACGCCCUACAUUGUCCCGGAAGCGACCCCAUCUCCACCACAAGUGAAAGGCCUUGAAGAAGAAGCACCUAAACCUGGACCAUCCACUGAAAAGAAUGAGCAAGAUGAUACUAUUGAACAAGCUGCUUCAACAGCAACAGGACCCACUGCUGCUGCUCCUGCUACUCCUGUUGCUUCUGAUCAUGAUGGAACAACGACAGCAAAUGGUAACAAGCAAGCCAACGGCAACAAGGAAAACGCACAAGGUGCCACCAAGAAGCUCAAGCGUGAAAUCAGCAAAAAGAAACCAUUGUUUGGGUUUUUGAAAAAGGCAUCUAGCGGCGAUGACAAGGAUGGCAAACGUAAAGCAUGGCAGUUUUGGAAGUGA